AUGCCUAAACGACCAAAGACUGACUCCGUAUACAAUGACAUUGAUAAAGAAAACACUCAGGAUGUUGUCCUUCCAAUUGUUACUCAAGACGAGGCUUCUCAUAGAAGGAAAUUAAGGAAAUUAUACUUGAAUAAUAAGAGAUCAAAUGGAGGAACUAUAUCGUCAUCCCUCAAUAUUGUAUCCACCAAUAUUAAUUCCACUUCCACUCCGUGUGUUACACAACAUCGUCCAGUUUCACCUGAUGUGACUCGAACUCUACAAAACAAGGAUAGAGAUAACAUGCGAUUACCUAGAUCUAUUCUUGACAAAAGAAGAUCUACUACCAUAGGUGUUACAUCGGAUAACAUAGUCAAUGUUAUUAGUUGUCACAAUUUUGAAUCCACUCCUGAUGUGGCUAAUAAUGUUACUCCAAGUCCCUCAAGUAUGGUAACAAGUAACAUUAGUUAUACUACGAGCAAUCUUACAACGAGAGCAAAUGGUUUUAGAAUAAAUAUUUCAACUGGCAUCACAUCAACCACCCGCACAUCAUCUUUGAAUUGUAAUUUGCCAAGGCUAUCAUCUGGGAAACGUAAGUUGGUAUGCAAACCGCGUAUUUCAUCUCCUAUACCAAUGAUCGACUUGACCACAGAGGAAACCGUAGAACGAGAUCCUUAUAAAGGUGUUUCUACAGAUUAUUUGGAUCAUGGUGAUCAAGUUAUUACUUGUGAAGUUUGUUAUGCAAACUUAUGGGAUGCAGAGAAAGGAAACGGAAGAAAAGAGGGUGGCAAAAUAUGUCAUAUGUUAUGUUGUGGUUAUGCCAAAGUUGUGUUACCUGAUUACAAAUCUGCGACACCUUAUUAUAAAUGUCUAUUCAUGUCCAAUGAUAACGAAAACAUGCACUUUUUGAAGAACAUUCGACGUUACAAUUCUAUGUUUGCGUUUACGUCAAUGGGUGGUAAGGUUGACCACACCGUUAAUACUGGUAAUGCUCCUUUUUGCUACAGAAUUAAUGGUGAAAAUUAUCAUGCUAUUGGUAGUCUUGUGCCAGAAAACGGAGGGAAACCUAAAUUUUGCAAUCAGUCUUUAGACGAUGCUUCCUCAUCAACUUCUUCAGACGAAACUGAUAAUAAGUUGAUACAACAAAUCAAAGCAAUGUUGGAUGCCAACAAUGUGCUUGUGAAAAUUUAUAGGAUGGUUAGAGAUUGCUUCCAAGAGAAUCCUAAUACUACUUUGAAGCUUCGCCUUAUUGGGAAAAGAGAACAAGAUGGUCAGACUUAUAACUUACCUACUUCCUCCGAGGUUGCCGCUCUUAUUGUUGGAGAUAUUGAUAACGCUCUUGAGAAUAGAGAUAUCGUUGUCGAGACACAAAUGGGGUCAUUAAAAAGAAUAAGUGAGUUGCAUCCUUCCUAUCUUGCACUUCAGUAUCCUAUUUUGUUCCCAUAUGGAGACCACAGUUACAGAAUUGACAUACCUCAUAGGGGUGUCAUUGAUGUUACUAACAAAAAACGUCCGAAUUGUACAAUGAGAGAGUUCUUUGUGUAUCGUGUACAAGAUCAUAGUAACCAGUUUUCAUUGAUUCUAAAUUCUCGACGGUCUGAUACAUACGAGAGUAUCCGCAAACUAAGAUCUAACGGCCAACAAGAUUUAUCUAAGGUUGGAAAACGUAUUUUCCUUCCAUCUUCGUUUACAGGCGGGUCACGAUAUAUGAUGCAAAACUAUCUAGACGCUAUGGCUAUUUGUAAAUGGUAUGGUUAUCCCGACUUUUUUAUAACCAUUACCUACAAUCCCAAGUGGCCGAAGGUUCAAAGGUUUCUUAAGGACACAAAUCUUAAUCCGGAGGAUAGGCCUGAUAUUCUAUCGCGAAUGUUUAAAAUAAAGCUGGAUACAAUUUGCAAAGAUUUGAAAGACUGUCAUUUGUUUGGAAAAGCUGCAGCUGUUGUUUACACUAUUGAGUUUCAGAAGCGAGGAUUGCCUCAUGCGCGUAUGUGCUUAUUCAUGGAAAAUGAUUAUAAACUUCCAACUGUAGACCAUGUUGAUCAGUUUAUUUCUGCAGAAAUCCCUGACAUAAACGAAGACCCGGAACUCUAUACGCUUGUGAAAGAUCAUAUGAUUCACGGUCCAUGUGGUAAUGCUAGAAUGAGCUCUCCAUGUAUGGUUGAUAGAAAAUGUUCAAAAGGUUUUCCCAAGAAAUUUCAAGAUCAGUCAACCUUGGAUUCUAACGGAUUUCCCUUAUACAGAAGAAGAGAUGAUGGUGCUUUCGUUUUAAAAAAUAGAAUUGAGUUAGACAACAGAAGUGUUAUACCUUACAAUAAAAAAAUUUUGAAAAGAUAUCAGGCGCAUAUAAACGUUGAAUGGUGCAACCAAGCGGCGUCAAUAAAGUAUUUGUUCAAGUAUAUUAAUAAAGGCCCUGAUAGAGCAACAAUUGCUGUGGUUCCAAGCAAUAAUGAAAAUGAGCAAGCAGAAAAUGAUGAAAUUAAAGAGUAUUAUGAUUUUUCCACGUUGUAUGUGUGGAAGCUUAACCAGCGUAUAUGGGUUCUGAGAAUAAAAGGAAAAACAAUUGGUAGAAUUCAUUCCGUUUCUCCGUCUACCGGUGAAGCGUACUAUUUAAGAAUUCUUCUUAACAAAGUUAAAGGACCAACAUCGUUUGAUGAUAUUAAAACAGUUAAUGGUCAAGUGUACAAUUCUUUUAGAGAUGCUUGCUAUGCGCUUGGUUUGUUGGAUGACGACUCAGAGUACAUUGAGGCCAUCAAAGAAGCAAAUAUAUCAGGUAGCGCAGGUUAUAUUCGCAAUUUAUUCGCCACCAUGUUGCUGUCAAGCACUUUAUCUAGACCUGAAGUAGUCUGGGAAAGCACAUGGAAGUAUAUGACAGAUGAUUUUCUUUACAGAUUCUCAAAGCAUCAUCGUGUUUCAGAUACUUCAUCUUUAGAUAACUUUCGUUGCCGAUUGAUUAACGAAGAGCUUGCACACGACAGAACAGAUUUACAAAAUGUUUAUAAAGGUCAGGUGAAUUUGUUAACGGAUGAACAACGUUCAGUAUAUGAACAAAUUAUGAACGCAGUUGAUGGAAACAAUGGAGGAGUAUUUUUUGUUUACGGUUAUGGCGGAACUGGUGAGAUCGUAUUAAACGUUGCAUCUAGCGGAAUUGCAUCAUUGUUGUUGGAUGGAGGAAGAAUGGCGCAUUCUAGGUUUCAUAUACCUUUGAAUCUUAAUGAGGAUUCCGUUUGUCACAUUAAACCUGACGAUGAUGUAGCUAAAUUACUACAACAGACCAAACUCAUUAUAUGGGAUGAAGCUCCUAUGGUUCAUAAACAUGCAUUUGAGGCUUUGGAUAGAACUAUGCAUGACAUUUUCAAUAUCUCUAAUUCAUGCAGAUCUGAUGUUCUGUUUGGAGGUAAGGUUAUUGUUUUUGGUGGUGAUUUUAGGCAAAUAUUAUCUGUUGUUCCAAACGGGGAUGACAAGAAAUUGUGA